AUGGCGGGAGGAAGCAAAGGUGGUGGGCCCGGGCCCGAUUCGUCGAAGUCCGCAUCUUCAUUCGAGUCGGCCGGCGACCGACUUCGAUUCACGGUGGAGCUGCGGCCCGAAGAAACAACAAUUGUUUCGUGGAAGAAGCUUGUCAGAGAGGCCAAUUUGAGCAGGUCCGGUAAACCCGACCCGUCGGUUUCGGAACCCGAAAUUCUGCCUCGGCUCGUGUCCGUGCCGCCGCUCCCUCCUGUGGCGGGUGCUUCCGUAGAGCCUUCUGCUGAGAAAGAACAGAAGGAUCCUCAAGGGCAGGCUGGGUCGACCCGUUUGAAUACCGUGAUUGAGAGAAUCGAGAGAAUGUAUGCGGGAAGUGGGAGUAGUGAUGAUGAAGACGUGAUGCUAGACAAUGUGCCGGAUGAUGAUGAAUAUGAUACUGAUGAUUCCUUCAUCGAUGAUGCUGAAUUGGAUGACUAUUUCCAAGUUGAUAAUUCGGCAGUCAAGCAUCAUGGAUUUUUUGUUAACCGUGGGAAGUUGGAGCGCGUUGAACCUACCAUUUCCUCUAACCAGCAGCCAAAAAAGAGGAGACACAAAGAUUUGGCAAAAGGGAAAAAUGAGAGUGAUGAUGGUCGUAACCCAAAUAAAACUGCAAAAUUAGUGAAUAAAGGUAAAAAUGCAUCGUCAGUGUUCCAAACAAUCCCAACCAACCAGCCUCGCAUAGUUGGUAUGCCCAACAUACCUGGUGAGGAUAUGCAAUUUCAGGCUGCACAUGUAGAUGCUGCUGAAUUUUCAAUAAAGAAGAAAUCUUCAGAUUUGCAUGCUACAGAAGAUUCUUCAGGAUUUUUGGGUGUUGGUGCUAUUAGGCAGAGUAUGGAUAUUGACGAGCAAAUGCUUGAAAAUGUCUCGUUAAAGAAACAUAGUAUCAAACUGAAAGAGACUGAACCUAAUGAUGCUGCAGCAUGUAGGUCAAAUGAUAAGAGCUCCUAUCCAAGCAAAACCCAUUAUGGGAAACAAUCUAGUAAGGUUGAUGAUCUAGAUCGGCCGAUUGAGCAGAAAGUAAAAGGCGGGCUUUUAGGAAAAAUUGACCUUAACGCCCCUCCAAACAGGGAAUCUGUGCCAACUACGGCUACCCCCAUGCCAAGAAAGCAAGGAUCUAGUGUUCGGCCAAAGGUUACAAAGCUUGAGAAGGCCAUUAUGGAGUUAAAACAGAUAGUUGCAGAAUCUAGACCACCUUCCACAGAAGUCCAGGAUCCUGAUAAUUCUUCGCCGGCAGUCAAAAAGAGAGUGCCAUCUGAAAUAAGGCAAAAGCUGUUGAAAGUUGCUACAUUAGCGCAAACCAGCUAUGGAGAAAUACCAGUGGAUGUGAUCAAUCGUCUGAUGAGCAUUGUUGGCCACUUGAUGCAACUUAGAACUCUGAAGGUUGCUGUGCCUGUUUUAAGUGAUGGCGGCCACUGUGUUUGUGUGUGGUUGAAUGUUUUCGCUGACGUUUCACGGUAUUUUGCUUAUGUAGUUCCUGAAUUUUCGAUGCAUUUGCCAACUCUUGAUACUUUCUUCUCCGUCUUUUCUGGAUCUCUUUCUGAUCGGGAAAAACUCACGAACAAAAAGGUCUUGCCUCCAAAACCGAAGGACGCCACAAAUGUUUCUCAAUCCUCGCAUAUUCAUGAGAAACCAUUAUCAUCAGUUUCCCGUUCUCCUUUGACCAAGAAACCCGUUUUCAGUGCUCGUAAACCUGUUGCCUUAGCACACGGCCCAAAAGUCGACAAACGGAACGAGGAAAUGGCGAAAACAAGCACCAAUGGAAAUCCUGUGGAUGCAGUCACAUCAAAUUCAGUGCCGAAAAAGAAACUGAAAAAGAAGCCAAAUCCAGAGGCUUUGGAUGCUCAGGUUCGUCUUGAAAAGUUGGCAUUGUCACCAACGGACGAGCGUCCUAAACUCUAG